GGCCCCCUUUGCGUUCUCUUUUAAACGCAACCCCUUUUUAGUAGAGCAACAAAAAUUCUUCACCGCUAAGCUACCUCACAAUGUUGCUAUCGUUCUAUAUAUACACAUAAUUUUACUCGAUUUAGACCAAACCCAGUUAAGAUUUCGAUUUAGGAGCGAAAAAUGGGAGGUGGGUUGUUGAAAAUGGGAACAGAUGGUGGUGAUGAGGGUGAAAUUGAUGGGGGUGUUCAGGGGAAUUUCUUCGGAUCGUUGCCGGAAGGGUUCGUAGCAAACGCGUUGUCACUGACGAGUCCUAGGGAUGUGUGUAGGUUAUCGUUGGUGUGUUCUGUUUUCCGGUCAGCGGCUGAAUGGGAUGCCGUGUGGGAGAAAUUCCUGCCGCCGAAUUACCAGAAUAUUUUGGCGGAGGCCGGUGAGGGUGGUGAUGGUGGUUUAGUAAGGUCUGGUUCGAAGAAAGCGUUAUAUCUGCGACUCUGCGAUCAUCCCGUCAUCAUCGAUGGUGGCAAUAAGAGCUUCUUUUUGGAUAAAUGGAGCGGGAAAAAAUGUUACAUGCUGGCUGCGCGAGACCUCUCGAUCGUUUGGGGCGACACCCCUCGUUAUUGGAGAUGGAUUUCCGUACCCAACUCAAGGUUUCGCGAGGUGGCUGAACUCAUCAGUGUGUGUUGGCUUGAAGUUCAUGGCAGAAUCAGCACUGCCAUGCUGUCGGCCAACACUUGCUACGUGGCUUACCUUGUGUACAAAUCUGCAUUGGGCGCUUACGGUUUCGAAUACCAACCAGCGGAAGUUUCUGUGGGGAUCAGUGGGGCCGAGAAUGAAACCAAGACCGUCUUUCUGGACCAGGAAGCCUGGCAGAGGCAAUCAUACGAGCGUGGGCUGCCAGGGAGACGAAUGGGCAUGUUUAACAGAGUAAGACGUCUGGGAAGUCUUCCGGCGGCAGCCACCAUGGUGAAUGGUCCGAAGAGGCGGCAAGAUGGGUGGCUGGAGAUUGAACUGGGAGAGUAUUGGAACCAGAAAGGGGAGGAAGGAGAAGUGGAGAUGAGCAUGACUGAGGUGAAAGGAGGGAAUUGGAAGGGUGGGCUCAUCAUUCAAGGAAUUGAGAUUAGGAUACGUCAUGAUAGAUAGAUACAGGGUUUUACCAUGACAAUAUGUGUGUUGUUUGUUCCGCUUACCUCUUACCUUCAGAUCCUACCUGUCACACUCUGGUUUUGUAUUUAAGAGUCGAUUAUCGUAAAACCAGUCGAUAAAGUUUAUAAAGGCUACAAAAUUUGUGUUGGUUUUCAUGAUCUUUUUUCGUUUUAACCCUCCGUUGACCGAUCGUAGGUGUUCAACAUGUUUCUGCUUGUUACUUCAAGUAGGAGGGAAUUUGGCUAGAGCAAAGAUGAAAGAAUUUAGGUCCAUCAGUGGAUCUGCAGAGGGAGUGAUAUGUAGUAGGUUUUGUUUGGUUUACGGUCGAUAUAGGUCCGUCAAAUAUACGGUUUACUUUGUUUUGCAUCCGUUAAAUACACUGGGUCGGGUUGGUUU